AUGGAGAAGAAAUUUGAUGUUGUUUUGUGGUGGCUGGUGGUCCUCGGCUUUUGCCUACACAUCAGCGGCGUCACUGGCAUUACUGAUGCAAGCAUGCCAAUGGACCAUAACAACUAUGGCCUUGAUAGGAAGGAUCCACAAAAACCCUUUGCUACAACUGGCUAUGGUAUGCAUAGUGCUUAUGGUGGUGGGUCUAAUGCUGGUUAUAGCGGUGAUGAUGGAUAUGGUGGGGGAGGGGGAGGUGGAGGUGGCGGCUAUGGAGGAGGUUCUGGUGGUGGAUUCGGAAGUGGAGGCGGCUUUGGUGGAGGCAUGGGGAAAGGUGGUCGUGGAUAUGGAGGCGGAGGUGGCAGUGGUGGUAGCUAUCGACCUGGAUAUGGUCGUCCCGGACCUGGCCGUGGAUAUGGUCCAGGUUCUAAAUGGGAUGCUUCACUCUCCAAGAUGGAUAUUCAACACUAA